CCAAAAGAAUCAACCAGAUGCCGUACUACACCAAAGACGAUGCUGACGUGGAUGACUUCGACGAGUACGACCCGACGCCGUAUAGCGGAGGCUAUGACAUCACCGUGACGUACGGCCGCUCGCUCCCGCCGUCAGACGAGAACUGUUACCCUCUCUCGUCUCUCUCCGGUGACGCAUUUGAGUACCAGAGGCCCGUGUUUUCAUCAAGACAGGAGCCUUCUGCCUAUGGCGACCAGGCUCUCAACACCGAGUACAGUAGCUACGCUCGGCCCAAAACCAAACACGGUGGGAGAAAGGAGAACGAGGGAGAUCACAAGAAAGCCAGUCGCAAUGAUGAUGAUGAUAACAAAGAGAGUCAAAGCCACAAAAAAUACAGUGGCAAGGUCGACACUGAUGAUGAGAAGAGCAAAACGAAGGAGAAGAAGAAGGAUAAGAAGAAAGAUGAUGAUGAUGAUUAUGAGAAGAAAAAGAAGAAGGACAAGGACCAUGAUGAUGAUUGUGAUGAGAAAAAGAAGAAGAAGGAUCAUUACGACAAUGAUGAUGAGAAGAAGAAGAAGAAGAAAGACUAUCGUGAUGGCUAUGAUGAAAAGAAGAAGAAGAAGGACCAUCAUGAUAGUGAUGAUGAGAAGAAUAAGAAGAAGGAUCACUACAAGCACAACAAAGGACAUCGUGAAUACGAUGACUAAAUAACCUUCUUUUGCUCCGGGAGUACAUCUCUUUUAAGUUUCUAACACUAAUUAAGAAACCAACGCACACUUUUCUAUUUUAAGUUUAUGUCAAAUGUUAUUGUUUCUUGCUUCGAAAUUCUGCUAUUAAGACAUCAAGAAGCCAUGA